AUGACGGACUAUUAUAGCGUAGUAACUGAUGUCUUUCUUGACCGAGAAUCGAUAUCAGAAUACAAGAUCACCAUAAAUGCAUCAGACGAAGGGACGCCGACUCUCUACAGUAAUAAAACAGUGACAGUGAGAGUGACAGACGUCAAUGACAACCCACCUGCCUUCCAUCGCAGUGUCUAUGAGACAUUUGUAACCGAGAACAAUUCGCCGGGUGUCUCCAUUUUUGCUAUCAGGGCGAGUGAUGCUGACUCAGGCCAAAAUGCGCGCUUGUCCUACUACCUGGAGGACAGGGAGAUAAAUGGGAUUCCGGUCUCUUCAUUAGUUUCGGUACAUUCAGAGAAUGGGGUUAUUCAUGCGGUUCGCUCAUUUGAUUAUGAACAGCUUAAAGAGUUUCGUUUUAACAUAACUGCGCGAGAUGGAGGGUCCCCGCCCCUCAGUGCUGCGGUUACUGUGCACCUUUCAAUCCACGACCAGAACGACAACCCUCCUCAGGUUCUCUACCCAGUACAGACCAGUAGUUCUCUACUAGCUGAAAUGGUCCCUCGUUCAGCAGAUGUGGGCUAUCUUGUCACUAAAGUGGUAGCUGUUGAUGUGGACUCUGGACAGAAUGCCUGGCUCUCAUAUAAACUGCAGAAAGCGACAGACAAGGCGCUGUUUGAAGUGGGCUUACAGAAUGGAGAAAUAAGAACUGUACGUCAAGUCACUGAUAAAGAUGCUGUGAAACAAAAGCUCACUGUUGUAGUGGAGGACAACGGGCAGCCCUCUCGAUCAGCUACAGUCAACGUGAACGUGGUGGUGGCGGACAGCUUCCCUGAAGUCCUCUCAGAAUACCCUGACUUUACACACGACAAGGAUUACAACGACGACCUGACUUUUUAUCUGGUGUUGGCCUUGGCUGUCGUUUCUUUUCUCUUCAUCUCGUGCGUGGUAGUUAUUAUAUCAGUAAAGAUCUACAGGUGGAGACAAUUACGCAACUUCCACCACUCUAAUCUCCCAGUUAUUCCAUAUUAUCCACCCCGGUAUGCUGACGCAGGAGGAACAGGGACUCUGCAACACGUGUACAACUAUGAGGUGUGCAUGACGACUGAUUCGAGGAAGAGUGAUUCUACAUUUCCCAGGCCUUUCAGUCAGAACGUUUUAAUAAUGGACCCGAGCUCUACUAUGACCAGAAACCAUGCGACAUUGCAACAAUCGCAGAACGAGAAACGUGUUCUAGACGACCCAGCUUCUCAUGAACAGAACGCCCGAAUCUCAUACCUACUGGAGGACACGAUAGUGGCUGGGUCACCCGUGUCCACCUAUAUAUCAGUCAACACUGAGACCGGUGUGAUUUACGCGGUGCGCUCUUUCGACUAUGAACAAAUAAAACAUAUCCAGGUUUCCGUCAAAGCUCAAGACGGAGGUUCUCCUCCUCUCAGCUCAAAUGUCACAUUAAACAUUCUCAUUGACGACCAGAACGACAACGCUCCUCAGGUUCUCUACCCAGUACAGACUGGUGGUUCUCUGGUGGCUGAAAUGGUGCCUCGUUCAGCAGAUGUGGGCUAUCUUGUCACCAAAGUGGUGGCUGUAGAUGUGGACUCUGGACAGAAUGCCUGGCUCUCAUAUAAGCUACAGAAAGCGACAGACAGGGCGCUGUUUGAAGUGGGCUUACAGAAUGGAGAAAUAAGAACUGUACGUCAAGUCACUGAUAAAGAUGCUGUGAAACAAAAGCUCACUGUUGUAGUGGAGGACAACGGGCAGCCCUCUCGAUCAACUACAGUCAACGUGAACGCGGCGGUAGCGGACAGCUUCCCUGAAGUCCUCUCAGAAUACUCUGACUUUACACACGAGAAGGAUUACAAUGACAACCUGACUUUUUAUCUGGUGUUGGCCUUGGCUGUCGUGUCUUUUCUCUUCAUCUCGUGUGUGGUAGUUAUUAUAUCGGUUAAGAUCUACAGAUGGAGACAAUAUCGCAACUUCAAACACACCAAUCUCCCAGUUAUUCCGUAUUAUCCACCCCGGUAUGCUGACGGUGGUGGGACAGGGACUCUGCAACACGUGUACAACUAUGAGGUGUGCAUGACGACUGAUUCGAGGAAGAGUGACUGUACAUUGUCCAGGCCUUUCAGUCAGAACGUUUUAAUAAUGGACCCGAGCUCUACUAUGACCAGAGACCAUGCUUCUGUACAAAACUCUCAGAAUAAGAUCUUUCUAGGUGACGCGGAAUCUCAUGAGCAGAACGCCCGAAUCUCAUACCUACUGGAGGACACGAUAGUGGCUGGGUCACCCGUGUCCACCUAUAUAUCAGUCAACACUGAGACCGGUGUGAUUUACGCGGUGCGCUCUUUCGACUAUGAACAAAAAAAACAUAUCCAGGUUUCCGUCAAAGCUCAAGACGGAGGUUCUCCUCCUCUCAGCUCAAAUGUCACAUUAAACAUUCUCAUUGACGACCAGAACGACAACGCUCCUCAGGUUCUCUACCCAGUACAGACUGGUGGUUCUCUGGUGGCUGAAAUGGUGCCUCGUUCAGCAGAUGUGGGCUAUCUUGUCACUAAAGUGGUGGCUGUUGAUGUGGACUCUGGACAGAAUGCCUGGCUCUCAUAUAAGCUACAGAAAGUGACAGACAGGGCGCUGUUUGAAGAUCUGGAGAUGGCCGGAGGAUAA